AUGCCAAAGCCUGUAGCUAUCUCACAAUUCUUACCAACUCUUUUAAUACCGAAAUCUGACCGGACGCUACUACAAGAGCUCGCGACGAUGCUCGUUAAGCACAAUUUUGACGAGUUUACGAAAUUUGGCGUCACGAAAGAUGGUCGACCUGACAGUCGACAAUGGAUUCGUAUUCGCAAGACUAAGAGGAUUCGGAUAUAUCAAGAACGCCGAUGUUCUAAACACUUUCCAUCACCAAUUUCGUCAUUGUUAUCAUUAGGUUCCGUAACUGGCAGACUAGAAGAUGUUAUGAAUGACACACUCGCAUCACUUAACAAGUCUUCAAAUUUCAGAUCUUCCUGCAUUCACGUUGGUUUAGUUGAUAGUCAAGUACUUGAGGAACUUGUCAGCCCUACAACGGAAGACCCGUACCACCACGUGAGUUUACAAUGGCGUUUAUUUAACGACCGCGACUACGUGACACUUGAUACAACGGGCAUGAUGAAGACCCCAUGGGGCGAACGUAUUGGCUACAAUAUCUCGCACUCGGUUGGGUUUUCGCAAUUACCAGAGUUUACUACCCGAGGCAUUUCACGAGGUAACAUGUCAGUGUGCUCUAUCUACAGCCAAAAGGCUCAGAAUAUUGUCGAGUGUUAUACGCGCGGUUUCUAUGAUCGAUCGACAGACACACACAAUCACGCCAUGCUAGCACUACAGAACAUGACCUCGCGUAGUUUAUCGCUUUCAUGCCGCAUGGAAUGUAUGCACAUGAAGAAGUUCGCAAGGCAUUUACGAAAGUACAAAGAUGAUUCGGGCAUUCUUUUUAACACGAAGCAAGAAGACGUGUAG